UAGUGAUAAAGAUGAUUUCUUCAAUUGUAUAUUUUGGGCUACUUUUGGCAUUGGUCCUGAUGAUGGUGAAUAUAGCAGGUACUUUUGCGCAAACGGAUCGAAAUCGUGGCUAUGAUGUUUCAAAUCUCGCUGGCGAUCUCGGAAAUGUUCACCUUGAUUCACCAACAAAUGAUGACAGACCUAUAUCAAGAAGCUCACCAUCAAUUCCGAGAUCAUUUGCUAGAUCACUUUCAAGAUCGCUUUCCCAAACUCUUAAAAAAGGAAAAUCAAAGGCUGAAUUCAACGUCGAUGACCUCCAAUACGAUGGAGAGCCCAUUACCUUCGCUUGUAUAGCCAAAGCUGAUCAUCGUGAAUUUUAUGGAGCUGGUGUUACUGAUAGGAUCCCAGAUUAUUUGAUAGAGAUGCUAAACAAUAGAAGAGGUCUGUCACUGUUUUUCCUUGGGGCUGGAAAUGAAAUUACUUCAGCAUCUGGACUUUUGUUUAAGUUUGCCAGAGAAUGGUUUAUUACAUCUGGAAACAAUGUUUGUUUCGUAUCAUAUUGCUAUUCAGAUAAACCAAGAACUGGAUGUCAAGCGAUUGGUCAUUUGGAUAAAUUGGUGGCAACAAAUCGGCUUGAAUAUGUGGCGAAAAUGGCACGUGAUUUGGUGUUGAAUGUACGAAAUCAAUCUCAAUCUUCAGCCGGAGAUAAUAUUCUCCAUAUGUCACGGGUGGAUGUGACUGGUUUCAGUUUUGGUGCUCAUAUCGCUGGCAGAACUGCCGAAUAUUUGCUUAGUAAAACAGGCGAAAAAGUUAGAAUGUUACUAGCAUUGGAUCCAUCCAGAACCCCUCCGGUUGUGGCUAAAACUCCCAAAGACACAAUUAAACCAGAUUUAGCCGAAUAUGUUCAAGUGAUUCAUAGCUCGAAUGUUCAGGGAAUGACUAAAACUAGACUUGGACAUGUUGAUAUCUACGCUAGAUUAAAUGGUGGCCGAAUCCUGAAUAAUAAUCAUGCAUUAGCAUUUUUCUUGCAUGUUGCAACAGCUACCAAACGAUUUUAUAUAGUGGCCGAUGAAGGUUCGAAAGGAAAAGGCAAAUUGGUACAAAUUCAAGGUGAUAUUCUGCCUCAGCCAAAGUCAAAUGAAUGUCAAUUGGGUAUAUAUGCAGUUCUCAAUGAAAAUCAUAUCGGACAAAAGUUUGGCUUUUCUUUAACAAAAAGAGAAGAGUUUUUCUUUAGCGCACUUGGACAAUAUGCUGAUCCAAGCGUUUUCUCUGAUUAGGUUUAUUAAAUAAUUUUUUGAAUUUUAAUAAAUCGAUGUGCCAAUUGGGUGUGCCAAUUAAUUUUAAA